CCAAUAUGUCAAUAAUCAAUAUUGUCAUAAUAAAUAACCAAAAAAUUGUGUUUUAAUUGAAAAUGUCGAAAAUUUGCUACAUUUUACAAAAAACUAUUGGUAUCGUGCCUCGGACAGUUUUUCAUUCGCACAUAUCAAACAUAAAUAGAACGUGUUAUGUAAAAUUUCACACAAACGUAACAAAUCAUGCUGUUAAGAAAACUACCACUGCCGCCGGAGGUGUGCUGGGCUUGGGUAAAGGUAAGAAAAAACUAGGUAAGCUUGGAGCGAUGGAAAAAAAAGAGCUGCCGGUGGAGACUGACCCAGAAAAAUUAGUCAAUUAUGUGUGUGGAUCUAAUAUUUAUAUCACUGGAGAGGAUGUUAAGUUAAAGGAAGACAGCGAGUAUCCAGACUGGUUAUGGAGUCUACAUACUGGCAAACCUCCAAGCAUAGAGGAACUGGACCCUAAUACCAAGCAGUACUGGCUGCGAGUGCGCGCCGCCGGCAUGCGUAGAAAUAACCGUCUACGAUCUAUGCGCAAGUUCUAGUGUGGCCAAUAAAGAAUAUAUGAAACAUUAAGUAUCUAGAAGAGACUUCAUUACAUAAUUGUUUCGAUUUAAAUUUAUUGAAAUCAAACCUGAAAUAAAAGAUUAUGUUAAGAUUAGAGUUAAGUAGUAAAUAAAGAUGUUGUUGACAUUAAA